UGAGACGUCGGGGUAUUUCGCCCGUCUUGUCGCUCGCCGCCAUGUCGUCUUUCCCCGAGCUGUAUUUUAACGUGGAUAACGGCUACCUGGAAGGGUUGGUACGCGGUUUUAAGGCGGGGGUACUCCGGCAAGGUGACUACGUGAACCUGGUGCAGUGUGAGAGCCUGGAAGACUUGAAACUGCACCUCCAGAGCACAGACUAUGGGAACUUCCUGGCCAAUGAAGCCUCCCCGCUCACAGUCUCUGUCAUAGACGACAAGCUGAAGGAGAAGAUGGUGGUGGAGUUUCGUCACAUGAGAAACCAUGCGUAUGAGCCCCUAGCAAGUUUUCUGGACUUCAUCACGUAUAGCUACAUGAUUGACAACGUUAUUCUGCUGAUCACUGGGACUCUGCACCAGCGUUCAAUCUCCGAACUGGUGCCCAAGUGCCAUCCUCUGGGAAGUUUUGAGCAGAUGGAAGCUGUGAAUAUUGCUCAGACACCUGCGGAGCUCUACAAUGCAAUCCUGGUGGACACUCCCCUGGCUGCUUUCUUCCAAGACUGCAUAUCUGAACAGGACCUGGAUGAAAUGAACAUUGAAAUAAUUCGAAACACGCUGUAUAAGGCCUACCUGGAGUCCUUCUACAAGUUCUGCAAGGUGCUGGGAGGUACCACGGCAGAUGCCAUGUGCCCGAUCCUGGAGUUUGAAGCUGACCGGAGAGCCUUCAUUAUCACCAUUAACUCAUUUGGUACUGAGCUGUCCAAGGAGGACCGAGCAAAGCUGUUCCCGCACUGUGGCAAGCUCUACCCUGAGGGCCUGGCUCAGCUGGCCAGAGCAGAUGACUACGAACAAGUCAAAAAUGUUGCUGACUACUACCCUGAGUACAAGCUGCUAUUUGAAGGGGCUGGCAGUAACCCUGGAGACAAGACCCUUGAAGACAGGUUCUUUGAGCAUGAGGUGAAGCUGAACAAGCUGGCCUUCCUCAACCAGUUCCACUUUGGAGUCUUCUAUGCCUUCGUGAAGCUGAAGGAGCAGGAGUGCCGCAACAUUGUGUGGAUCGCAGAGUGCAUUGCCCAGCGGCACAGGACCAAGAUUGACAACUACAUUCCCAUCUUCUAACCCUGCUCUGCUCCUGUCUGACCCUCCUGCCCCUGGAGUCCGGAGGGGCUUCUGUCUAACUCCCUGACUUAUCCCUUGCCCGGACUCCAGGGAUGUCCCAUCUGUAGAACUGGCUCAGAUGAGGAAACUGUACAGUUGCUAGUUAAAUUAUUCACAAGCUGAAGUUUGAGUUGUGUCCUGUGAGGGGUCCGGAGGGACCAGUGGCACAGGCUUGGCCCUGUGUAGCAGGAGGGACACCUCCUGUUGUGUAUCUAAUAGUCCCUGUGUUACUGUACUAAUCUGCUGUAUGCGCUUAUGCUCGUAGAGCAAGCACCAGCUGGGGGGUUGCUGCCUCCAAGGGGUUCCCACUGCUGCAGAGGAACACAUCAGGUCUGCCAUGGCUGGGGCAUGCCAGUGCUCUGUACGCCUCCUAGUCAGUGUUGUUCCUGUGAGAUUUAGUUUGAGUGUCAUUUGUAGCGUAGCCCAUGCUGCUGUGCAAUCCCUGCAUCCCCCUGUAGCUAACCCUGACCUGGGAGAGACUGAGUAGCCCUGGCCGGGACUGAGAUGGAGCCUGUGGGAAUGUGAGGGCAGAGCCAGAGCGCUUGCAGAGCGUGCUCCUCCCCACUCUGACAGCAUUUGCACUAGUGCAGCCUCGCUGUGUCCUCAGAAGCAGCUCUCCUCAGUCUCCUUCCUGCCCUGCAGCUUGCAAGGGCUCCAUAAGCUGGCUGAGCUCCUUCCUUCCCUGAAGACCCACAGGUUGGAGUUUACUGUCACAACCACGCAAGAGUCAGGGCUCCUUUUGGCUCUGUGGAUGGCGCCGGACCCCUGCACCGCCCCAGGGCAGACAUCCAGGCUGGGGCAGCCUCCUCCCCUGUGCAGUGUGUCUGGGCUGACACUGCUGUGGAGUCAUAUGGGCACAGCUGGCCGUUGGGCAGAGCAGCCCUUGGGUCUGGCUCCACUUGGUCACCCUGAUGAGUGCAGAGGGCAGCUGUUGGCAGAGAUGUCCUACGCCUGUGGUUAGGGGGUGGGAGCCAAGCCCUGGGCAUGGCAUGGCAGUCCUGCUCCUUGUUGCUCUGUGUCCUGGCUCACUCCCACUUGUGCUUGAGCUCUGGGAGAUGCCCAUGGCAGCAGAGAAGCCUUGCUGGUGGGAAACACGUGCUUGGUGCUGCUGCUGGGAGGGAUCAAUGGAGAGCGGCUCCCUCUCAGUUUGUGCUGUGGUCACCUCUGCAGUGUUUGUUAUCCUGUGAUCCCUUCCUCUCUACACCAAUAAAUAUCUGCCUACUGCACUGUGCUCUCCCUGCUUACUUGGGUACCUGCUCCCACAUCCCCAAGAGAAGCCUCCAUCAGCCACAGGGCCUCUUACCCAGAGAAUUUGGUAUUUGUGGUAGUGGAGCCUGGUGUGGCUCCUGCAUGAUAUGGGACACUUGUUUCUACCACAGGCAGGGUGGUAGUACCACCUCUUGGGGCCCUGGGAACUCACUCCAGCCCAAGCUGCAGGGGUGCCUGGUCUGUGGGUGCAGCUGGGUGCUGAGCUGAUGGGUGCCGGGGAGGUGUAGCCCUCGCUGCUUAUGCAGCCUUAUGGGAGUGAGCUAUGCUGUUAUGGAGCUGCAUGGCUUGUCACCCUGUGCCUGGGCUUCCUGCGUGGGCCUGUCUGUGUGUGGCACUAUCAGCCCUUCCAUCCUUGCCCCAGCAGGGCUACAGCAUCAGAGCAAAGCAAAAGGAAGCCUUUGAGGUAGGGGUGGGGAGUAGUGGGGAGCGGGUGCAAGUACUUACUGGCUGGCAGACCCCCUUUCUGGGGCUGCCUGUGGCACCUGCUGCCCCAUGCAAGGCUCCUGGCUCGGUGUGGCGCCAGCUGUGACGCAGCUCAGCUCUGCCCGCAGGCAGGGCAUCCCUAGCCAAGCAUUGCAGUGCUGCACUGUGCGGAAGGAGACUGCCAGAGCCUGGUGGCAUAUCAAGAACAGAUUUAUUUAAAAAGUGACAAUCAUGUAGUUCAUCUUGUGAAGAUCUCUGCGGCACUGGCAGCCUGGCCUCAGCCCCUGUGCUCGCCAGGAGCAUGUGGAGUGUGUAAUGAAUGGCAGGGAGGCAGGGGCUGGCACAGCAGCAGCCACAGGGUCCCAGGCCUGACCCAGCCAAGAGGUGACGGAGACAAAUGCAGCUCUGACAGCAGUGAGGAAGAUGUCAGGUAGCUGAGAAAUGCCUGAGGAAUAUCCCAGCCCGUGGUGCAGAGCUGCUGAGUCAGGCAGGGGUGGCCCCCUUGGAGGAUGCACAGUUAGAAAAAAUACAAAAACAAGGUCUCUAGAAAAUGUUGAUUCUUGCACAAUAGAAAAUAGAUCUGCCUGAUUUUGGAAAGCAAUUUGGUUUUUAACAUCUAGUGCUGAUUGUUCCCCCGCAGUGCAGGAGGGCGAUGCC